AUCAGCGUUAUCCAUUCGUUUGCUCAUCGCCGAAGCGUAAACACAUCUGGCAACUUACACGCGCGCGUACGUGAUAUUGUUUUUUAACGGUGCAAUAAUUCGUAAAAGUAGUUUUUUUUGUGUUAGCAGCGUACGAAUAAGAACAAAAAAACAACAAAUUAAGCGCAAACAAAUUUUUAACGAAAACAAUCGGGUUCUUGCAAAAUUAGCACAGCUGCUGAGAUCAACUGAGUCUGAAAUAAAAUAUAAAAAAAAAACGAACACCCAUAAAUCUUGCAAAAAUCCAACUUUUAAGAAUUCAACUAACGUUUGCUACCAAAAACUUGUCACAAUGUUGAAUAAUAAAGUCAGAUUGUUUGUGAUCUUUUUGCUUGCAAUCAUUUCCGUUGUGUGGCCAAGCACUCAAGCUGUUGAUGCAAACAAGCUUAAUGUCACCAUUUUGUAUGAAUCGUUAUGUCCGGAUAGCGUUAAUUUUAUGAUCAAGCAGUUAGCGCCAGCUUAUGAAAAACUCAAAGGAAACUUGAAUGUAAAUCUCGUGCCGUUUGGAAAAUCACGUUCCGUCAACGGCGGCAGCCAAUUCUAUUGUCAACAUGGACCACCAGAAUGCUCUGGGAAUCUUUUGCAGUCGUGCGUUUUGAAUCAGGAAAGCACACAGGACCAGCGAGUACGUUUCGCCAUCUGCCAAAUGAGGUCAAGAGAUAAGCAAAGUGUUGAGGAAUGCACCGAUUUGGUUGGUCUCAGCAGCGACAUCAGCGAUUGCGUUGACACAAACUUGGGCAAGCAGUUGCAACUAUUGGCCGAGCAAGUGACCAACCAGUAUUCGCUGAAAUUUGUGCCAACAAUAAUUUAUGAUGGUGUUUUCAACCAACUACUUCAGGAUGCAUCAUUUUUCGACUUCCACAGCACCGUUUGUGUGCUGCUGCAGAGACGUGGGGUUGCCAACGAGUCUUGCCAGUGAGUGAAAUGGUGCAACGGCGAUUGAUGAGGGGAAUGACAGCAAAAAAAACUAAAUUGAUUAAAAAAAUUUGUCUAGUCUAGUAACUGUCAGGGGCUCUGUUGAAUUGGUUAUGAGAAAAAAGAAUUGGAGGAUAUUUUUUUAAUUAAAAUUUUAUUGCAGAGACCAAGUUUUGUUAUUGGUUUUUAAAUACACAGUCUUAUUGGAAGAAAUUAGUUGUGGAACGUUGCUUUGCAGUCAACCGCGAACACCCAAUACCAUCCAUUCAAAGAGUAUUCAGAAUUUCUCAUUCGAGCAAACUGGGCCUGAUACAUUAGAGAUAUUCAUCUAAAUGAUUAAAUGCCUCGUAUGCCAGGUAAACUUACGCUUUUACAUGGCAGAAAUACACUCGGAGGUUUGCCAUUGCCUGCGGAAG